AUGGCAAAACAAGAGAUAAGAGAAUCAUUAGAAUUACCAUUAAAAAAACCAGAAUUAUAUACGCAAUUAGGAAUAGUUCCUCCAAAAGGAGUAUUAAUGUAUGGACCACCAGGUACAGGUAAAACUUUAAUGGCAAGAGCAGUUGCAUCUUAGUGUAAAAUUCCAUUCUUUCAUGUUGUAGCAUCAGAAUUUGUACAAAAAUAUUUAGGAGAAGGUCCUAAGAUGGUAAGAGAUAUUUUUAGAUUAGCUAGAGAAAGAGCACCUUCUAUUAUAUUUAUAGAUGAGAUAGAUGGAGUAGGUACUAAGAGAUUUGAUUCAGAUACAGGAGCAGAUAGAGAAGUAUAGAGAAUUUUAUUAGAGUUAUUAAAUUAGAUAGAUGGAUUUGAUCAAGCAUCAGAUGUUAAAAUAAUUAUGGCUACUAAUAGAAUUGAUACAUUGGACAGUGCUUUAUUAAGACCAGGAAGAUUAGAUAGAAAAAUAGAAUUUGGAUAUCCAGAUGAGAAAUAG